AUGUUCACCAGCGGACUCGCCGAGACAAGGGCAGACAAUGUCCGACUGGAAGGCCUUAAUGGUCAGGCGCUCUCCUCCGUUGUACAUUUCAUCUACACCAAUGAGCUUCCCGAUUGCACGGACCUCCUGCUGGGCCUCCUACCCGUAGCUGACUUCUUACGCCUGGGACGGUUAGUUAGCCUACUCUGCGCCCUUCUCGCACGUCGACUGGACGUGAAAAACUGUCUGCAAAUAAUGCGUGCUGCCAAGACCUGUAACUGUAAUGACCUGUGGCACAACAGCAAACUGUUUGCACAGCGGACCUUUCCUGAGGUGGUUGACCGAAAUACAGUCUUUUCUCAACUCUCUCUCCUGGACUUGGAAGAUUUAAUAAGAAGCGACUCAACUCUGGGCGGCGAGGAAACUAUAUUCCAGGCGAUCUUGAAGUGGUCAGAAGAAAAAGAAGGUUUGAGUGAUGCGGAAGUUGACACAGCCCUCGGCCAUGUUCGUUACGCAUGGAUUUCUCCCGACUGCAUAACAAAUGCCUCAAAGCUAUUGGCUGUCGCAAAGCAUCAGGGACCUUUGCAGAGCUUUAUUAAAAGGACUCUAGCCUUCCAUUCUGGUCAGCGUGUAUCUCCUACACCAGCAUAUAAUUCGGGUUUCGAGAGACCACGCCAGAGUGGAGACGUAUUGGUGGUUUUCGGAGGUAAGGACGAGACGGGAAGACUGUUGAAGACUACAGAACAAUAUUACUUCUGUGAAACUACAGGCAGUAUCAACAGUGUCCCACCAGGGAGCUCCCAGUCUGCUCUUGACAUCGCUCCCGAAGGAUCACAGAUUUCAGACUCACUUUCGGGCGUAUCCUGUGGGAGAUUUGAGGAUGGGAGUCUGCCCGAUUUGCCAACUGGUUGCUAUGGCUGUCAGGUAACGUUUAUGGAUGGUCUCAUCUACUUAGUGGGUGGCCAUGAUGGUCGGCACACACUCCGCACCACGCACAUCUACGACACGCGAACUGAGGUCUGGGGUCCAGGCCCACCAAUGAGCUCCGCACGAUACCAGCAUGGGAUCGCGACCUUUGAGGGUCGGAUCUAUGCUAUCGGUGGACACAGCGGCUCUGGGGUCCUGGCUACAGUAGAAUGUCUGCGUGCGGGGGCUUCUGCGUGGAGCAGGGUGAAAAACAUGCACAGCAAACGCUGGUACACUUCUGCGACCGUUUUCGAACGGAAGAUAUGUGUAAUUGGCGGCUGUAAUCAAUCGGCCCUGAAGACUGUCGAAACAUUUGAUCCAAGAACUGGAGAGUGGAAAAACCUACCAGACAUGAACUUUUCUCGUCUUGGUCCGCUUGUUGCUGCGUUAGACCACCGUCUUUUUGCUGUGGGUGGUCUUGAGUGUUGCACUGUGGAAAUACUCGAUUCGGGGGCAUUGGAAAACGGUUGGACUCGGGUGGCUGACAUGCACAGAGAACGCUUUGGUGGUAGUCUUUGUGUCCACACCAAUUCAUUGUUUGCGGUUGGAGGACUGCGAAGCGAGGCCACCGUAGAACGCUACGAUCCCGAACGCGAUCGGUGGAUCCUCCUACCGGAUCAGACCAAAACGUGUCGCUGGAGCUUCGGUGCCACCCUGAUACCCCGAAAACUCCUAAGCCUGUGUUUUGUCAAGGGAAACAUGCAGGAAUAA